AUGAAAGUCAUUUUUUAAAAUUGGGAAGCUCGCUUAGUUCAACCACCAGAUGCUCAGGUUCCUGUGGAAUCUGUGGAAUCGGUAGAAGAGGCUCUCUCCAUUUUAAAUCAAAAUAAUCAGGUUCUCUUGAUGACACAAGAUGAAAUCUUGCAUUUGGUAACUAUGGGAUUGACAGAUUUUAAUCACAUUGAUUGUUCGAAGGUUUAAGAAUGGUUUAAUAAAAAUUAUGAUAAAUAUCUACUUUAAUAUUAUUUGGAUUAAAUGAAUGCUGCAAUGAAAUAGUAAAUGGUAAACGGAGAAAUUCAAAUACAGGAGGUAAUAAUUGAUGAAGGUAAACCAAAAGUGGCCAAAUUUGAAAAUGAAUAUUAUAACAGAGAAGGAUUGGAAUUUGCAAAAUCCCUUAAAUGA